AUGCAAGAAUGCAAGAAUUGCUCCUCCGACCUCCCCUCUCCCCCCCAAACCCCAAAAGAACUUCCCAAGAAGAAGCGCGGACACGAGAAUCGGCUCCACUCACUUGCGACUACUACCUACGUCCUUUAUCAACUUACGCCUUCAACACCCUGUCUUUCUACGAGCGAAAGCCAGAUGCUGCUGGCGACUUUCCUAUGGCUGGGUCCCACCGCGAUCAUCGUGAUCGUGAUCGGGACAGGCGUAGAGGUCGAGGACCAAACCAAAACCGGGGUCGCGCUCGCUAUCGCGACAGAGGGCGUCACUCGCGUGGUAGUGACCGUCGCUAUGACUUUCACGGAAGGUCGCCUCCUCCACGCGCCUCCCGCUUUGGGCCCGAUUCGUCUCACGAUUCGACCGGGUUUGCCUCCCAACGCUCUCCACCGCGUGGCUCACCUGGCGCUUCCCCUGGAUUCCAUGGACCUCAACAUAAAGACAACCAGGGUCCUCGACGAGCAGACUCCCCGUUCGGACCACCAUCAAAACGCCAAAGAACACGGAGUCCAUCGCCCCGUGGUCCGCGUGCGCCAUUCGCCAACCGACGAUCUUCAUACAGCAAACAUAGUGACAGACGCGAUCGAAGCCCCCCUUUUCGAGGACGAGGUCGGGGAUUCUCAGGUCGCGGUGCCCCUAGAGGACGCUCUCCACGUCGAGGUCGCGAUCGCCGAGGAGCUGACCGUCGUCGUUCGGACAUCCCAAGACACGGCCAAUCAAAGUCCCCCCGUGCGCGACAGAGGCUUUCACCCAUCACCUAACAGACGUUCUCGCUCACAUAGUGACGGUUACAGUGAUCGAGACUCUCGAUAUCGUUCUCGGUCUUUAUCGAGGAACUCGGUUCGUUCUUCUGGGUCACGGGGCUCUGUAUCUCCUUUCAAUCCACGUCCCGAAGAACAAAUGAAUUCAACCCGAUUCAAUAAACCCGGCCAUAAUGAUACGACCCGGUCUCCCUCCCCCUCACGCCCUAUUUCAAGUUAUGACUCUGGAAAUGUAAGCGGCCCUGGAGAUGGACCAGCCAACGUGCGCGAUGCACUUCCUCUACAUGGAAUGCGAGGGUCAGAUGUCCACAAGCAGUAUCCACGGUCAUCUCGACAACAUCUGGAUACACGGCAAUACUCAAAGUCCCCACAAUACGCAACACCGACAACCUCUCAUCGGGGCUCACCUCCACCCGGCUCCCCAUAUCGCAGCGGACGAGGAGGUCGCAAUGGUGAACAGUCUGGAUAUUCAGGUCACGGUCACACAUCUCCUUACCGACAAGACAAUUACUAUUCGAAAAAUGGUGACCAGGGGGAACCAUAUGAUCACAGGCACGGUGCCUUUGAUAACCCACCGAAUCCCUCCUCCCAACACCCCCAGGGUACACCAUCCUUCCGUGGAAACUACUCUAGCUCUCGCGGGAACCACGCCCAUCAGGGUCCCGACCGUCGUUUCUCGGGCUCGGGUCCCUCUUCGAGCAACAACAACAUCAAUAGAUCUUCACAUAUGGAUGACAAAAACCAAUUCAAUAAUUCACAAUGGACAGCCCCGGGGCCCCGUGGCCGCGCUGGGCAAGACAGCCCGAGAAUGGGACACAACUACCGAUCCCAAACCCCUUCCACACGGCCUCCAUCUGCCAGCGAUCCACAAUCUCCAAGGGCAGUGGAUAGUGGUAAACAUCUCCGACCUGCUCCCAAGGCAUUCUCAAGAGAAGAGGAUCAUGCCCCGCCAGGACCCGAAGGCGAUGGUGCACGAAACAUGCCUCCGCCUGCCCGUGAUGCGCCACCCACAAGCCCAGCAGAGAACCGUGGAAAAAUCAGCUUCACCUUCAAAGCCAAGAGCACACCGGCGCCUGCUCCCAAGCCAGUUCCUGACCUUGCACAGCGUAUGCAAGUCCGCGAACCGCCACCCCGUGCUCUUCCUCUAUCCGAAGUACCUUCCCCUCGCAAUCGUUUGACGAAUGGGCCAUUGCCCAAAUUCAAACCUGAACCACGUUUUGAUCGCUUUGAUCGAGACCGCGGGCGGGAUCGGGGACGGGAUCGUGGUCGAGACCGCGGACGAGAUCGUGGACGAGACAGAGAACGAGAUUUUGACCGACGAGAUCCUCGAGAUCACAGAGACCCCAGAGAUCACAGAGACCCCCGAGAUACCCACGGCCGAAGAGAUGAUCGUCGAUUUGACCAGCGUCGUGAUCGCGGAAGGGGAGAUCGACGCCCAGACUUCCGACAAGAGCGUCGCAGAGACUUUACUCCAGAGCCACCGAAGGAACUCCCACCGAAACAAACGAAGAUUGUCCUACGCCCUAAGCCACGUCCCAAGCUGUCCGAGGAGUUUGCUAAAGCCGAUUCUGUCUAUUAUCGCAAACCGGGCAACGAGUCCGUUAUUGGCGCAGGCACGUACGGAAAGGUCUUCAAGGGAAUACACGUGUAUACCCAACGCAAGGUUGCAUUGAAAAAGAUCCGAAUGGAAGGCGAAAAGGAUGGAUUCCCUGUGACAGCUGUGCGCGAGAUCAAACUCCUCCAACAUCUCCGAAAUCACAAUGUCGUGAGCCUUUUAGAGGUUAUGGUUGAGAAAAACGAAUGCUUUAUGGUAUUUGAAUAUCUCUCGCACGACCUCACUGGCCUGAUCAAUCAUCCCACCUUCGCACUCACUGUCGCCCAUAAGAAGGACCUGGCGAAACAAUUGUUCGGAGGCCUGGACUAUCUCCACCACCGAGGUGUCCUUCACCGUGAUAUCAAAGCCGCCAAUAUCCUCAUCAGUAAUCAGGGUCUCCUGAAAUAUGCAGACUUCGGUCUAGCUCGAUUCUUUUCAAAGAGUCGACCACUGGAUUACACUAACCGGGUGAUCACUAUCUGGUACCGUCCACCUGAGCUUCUCCUCGGUGAAACUCGCUAUGGCCCCGCUGUCGAUGUAUGGAGUGCCGCAUGUGUCUUUAUUGAAAUGUUCACGAAGAAGGCCGUAUUCCCGGGCGAAGGAGGCGAGCUCAGCCAGCUCGAGAAACUUUACAAUUGCUUGGGUACCCCGACCCGUGCCGACUGGCCGGACCUUGUCGAGAUGCCCUGGUUUCAGCUGAUGCGGCCAACCGAACGGAAGAAACGAGUCUUUGAGGAUGUGUAUCGGGAGAUUUUAUCUCCCGCUGCACUGGACCUGAUUUCUCAAAUCUUCCGAUAUGAUCCAACAAAGCGACCGAGUGCGGAAGAAGUCCUCCAGCAUCCCUACUUCAUGUCUGAAGAACCCGCUCCACAACAAGCUCUCGAGCUGGAGCACAUUGAAGGGGAUUGGCACGAAUUCGAAUCCAAGGCUCUACGGAAGGAGGCCCGGCGCGCAGCCGAGUAUCAAAGUCAAAAAGAUCGUGAAAAACGCAAGGCCGAUGCAUCGGUGACGUCGAGCGAUCGAGAUUCCAAACGCGUCCGGGAGACUUAG